AUGGAGGCACCCAUAGAACAAUGUCCCUCUGAAGCCUCCAGUAUCUCAGCAGCAUCAGAAGGAUCUCCUAGAAAUAAUGGUGAUGACAAGAGGAUGAAGAUGAAAGCGAAAGUUGUGGAUGGAUCUGAAAUAAAGCUACCUGAAUCGGGCUCUCGCCUUUUUCUAGAUCUCAAGCUCUCAAACAAUGGUAUGACCAGUGAUUCAAAGCUCGAGCUUGAUUUGUUUAACCCACUAAACGCGAGUUUCUCUCCUGAAGGAGAAUCCUCCAGUGAGGCCACGGCUCUGGAAAAAAGAUCUGAGCCGCGAGUUUUCUCUUGCAAUUUUUGCAAGAGAGAGUUCUCUACCUCCCAGGCACUAGGAGGGCAUCAGAACGCGCAUAAACAAGAACGCGCUUUGGCAAAAAGGCGACAUGGAGGGAUGGAUGUGCCGCCUUUUGGUCAUCCUCCUUAUCCCUACUAUCCAUACCUAGGUUUCCCUCAAGUCCCUCUAUAUGGUUCUUUUAACAGAUCACUUGGAGUUAGGUCACCAUCCAUGAUACAAAAGCCUUCUUACCCAUGGUCUUCGUCGGGCUAUGGUUAUCGUUUUGGCAACGACGGGUGGUCUAGGUCUUCAAUGAUGAACUCACAAACAUCCUUUGAUAGAUUAAGGAUGGAGGGUGGUUUUCAGGCAAAUCACGGUGGGUUCGGAACUCCCGGGACUUCUUCUUCUUCUUCUAGGUUUGAAGGAAGUGGUACUGCAGUUAGUAACUUUGGAGGUUCAUCCCUCACAACUCUAGAUGGUGCUACUAAGAAGGCAACCGAUGGUGAAUUCUCGGGUGGUCUCGAUUUAAAUCUAAAGCUUUAA